CUUUUUCUGACAUCACCUGGACCCGCGGUUGGCCACGGAGCACACGGCAGCGAAACCUCGCCUCACGCGGGCGCCGUGGGUGGACAGUUUCGCUGUGGAAUGCGCUUUUCGACCUUGGCUGUUGUGUUCAGCGAGGGAAACAACCGCUACUCCGAGGUAUCUUUUUGAAUUAUAACCAUCUCCAACCCCCGCCCCCGUCCAUCCGUUUCUCUGUUUGUCGUGCCACUACCUUUUAAAAACUAUCCUUCCCUUCUAUUUGUUGUGUCCUACAACUUCUGACCCUGUAUAACUCCUUGUUCCACCACUUUUUCAAGUCCCUUGGCUCGUUACAAGAUCUACAAACCGCAACAAUGGGUGCUCUCGACAGACUUUCUCAGCUGGGCAACCAGAUCUCCGGCGGCGCCUCCGCAGGCGGCAAGGCCAAGCUCCUGGAGAAGAACCCCGAUGAUAUCGUCGUUACCGCUGCCCUCCGGACGGCCAUCACAAGAGGUGGAAAGGGUAGCUUCAAGGACACAGCCGCCGCCGACCUGAUGGCUGGUGCCCUCAAGUCCAUCAUCGAGCGCUCCAAGAUCAACCCCGCCCUGGUCGAGGAUAUCGUUGUCGGCACUGUCCUCGCCCCCGGUGGUGGCGCCACCGAGAUGCGCGCUGCCGCUCUCGUUGCCGGCUUCCCCGACUCCACCGCCGUCCACACCCUCAAUCGCCAGUGCUCUUCCGGUCUCCAGGCCUGCGUUGACAUUGCCAACGCCAUCCGCUCCGGCCAGAUCGAGGUCGGCAUCGGCGCCGGUGUCGAGUCCAUGUCUACUCAGUAUGGCCCCGGCGCCGUGACCGAGUUCUCCGAGCUCCUCGAGAGCCACCCCGAGGCUGCCAACUGCAAGGUCCCCAUGGGUGUCCUCUCUGAGCAGAUGGCCAAGGCCAAGGGCGUCACCCGUGCCGUCCAGGAUCAGUUCGCUGCCGCCUCCUUCCAGAAGGCCGUCAAGGCCCAGAAGGCUGGUCUCUUCAAGGAGGAGAUCGCUCCCCUCAAGGUCAAGUACGAGGACCCAAAGUCCGGCGAGACCAAGGAGAUUGUCGUCGACAAGGACGAUGGCAUCCGUGAGGGUGUCACCGUCGAGUCCCUCGGCAAGAUCCGUGCUGCCUUCGCCAAGGACGGCAGCAUCCACGCCGGCAACGCCUCCCAGGUUUCCGACGGUGCCGCCGCCGUUCUCCUCAUGAAGCGCUCCACCGCCGAGAAGCUCGGCCAGACCAUCCUCGGCAAGUACGUCAACGCUUCCAUCGUUGGUGUGCCCCCUCUUCUCAUGGGUCUCGGCCCCUGGAAGGCCAUCCCCAAGGUGUUCGAGCUCACUGGCAUCACCAAGGAGGACGUUGACAUCUUUGAGAUCAACGAGGCUUUCGCCUCUCAGUGCCUCUUCUGCGCCAACGAGCUUGGCAUCCCUGCUGAGAAGAUCAACCCCAAGGGUGGUGCCAUUGCUUUCGGCCACCCCCUCGGCUGCACCGGUGCCAGACAGGUGUCUACCCUCCUCUAUGAGCUCAAGAGGACAAACCAGAAGAUUGGUGUCACUUCCAUGUGCAUUGGUACUGGUAUGGGUAUGGCUGCUGUCUGGGUUGCCGAGUAAGUGGAAGAAGGAAAGGAUUGAACAAAAUCAUCAUUCUUUUUUGGUUUGGCAAGCGAAAUCGUUUUGGGCAUUUUUCAUGAUAAUUUUUUCCUUUUUGUAUUACUCGAUUAAUGAGAGGAGGCCGUCGUGUCGUCACGUUCGUCUGGCUGUGUAACUCUAGAGGGCAAUUUCAAAGGAACAGGGAACAGAGUUGGUUAUACCUUAGGUAGCUACAGUAUGGGACGGGCAAGAGUUCAACUGUGUGCUUGGACAAAUACACACAGUUACAAGGCAUUAUCUUUUGGAGCGUUGUGUUUUCUG